CCCUCUGCCCGCGCACGACGCCAUUAGAGCGCAAAGCCGAAGCAUCGGAAGGAGAGGGAGGGGAGGGAAGGUUCUAGAAGGUUCGAGAUGAAGGUGAUCGAGAAGAUCCGGGAGGCGGCGGCGGAUGGCCGGACGGUGUUCUCCUUCGAAUACUUCCCGCCCAAGACGGAGGAGGGGCUCGACAACCUGUUCGAGCGGAUGGACCGCAUGGUGGCGCACGGCCCCAACUUCUGCGACAUCACCUGGGGCGCCGGGGGAUCCACCGCCGACCUCACCCUCGAGAUCGCCAACCGGAUGCAGAACAUGGUCUGCGUGGAAACAAUGAUGCACCUGACAUGCACCAAUAUGCCGGUUGAGAAUAUUGAUGAGGCCUUAACAACAAUCAAAUCUAAUGGGAUUCAAAAUGUUCUGGCACUUAGAGGGGAUCCUCCACAUGGUCAGGACAAGUUUGUUCAAGUUUCUGGUGGAUUCGCUUGUGCUCUUGAUUUGGUACGGCACAUUAAGGCCAAGUAUGGUGAUUAUUUUGGUAUUACUGUUGCUGGCUAUCCAGAGGCCCAUCCUGAAGUAAUACACAGUGCGGAAGGGGCUACACUGGAAGCAUACAGCAACGAUCUUGCUUAUUUGAAGCAAAAGGUUGAUGCUGGUGCUGACCUUAUUAUUACGCAGCUUUUCUAUGACACUGAUAUUUUUCUCAAGUUUGUGAAUGACUGCCGUCAAAUUGGAAUAACCUGCCCCAUCGUUCCUGGCAUAAUGCCAAUAAAUAAUUACAAAGGUUUCCUGCGCAUGACUGGAUUCUGCAAAACUAAGAUACCAGCUGAGAUCACCGCUGCACUGGAUCCUAUUAAAGACAAUGAGGAGGCAGUCAAAGCAUAUGGAAUCCACCUUGGCACUGAAAUGUGCAAGAAAGUUCUAGCUAGCGGAAUCAAGACCUUGCACCUUUACACACUCAACAUGGAGAAGUCUGCUCUAGGAAUAUUACAGAACCUUGGAUUAAUCGAGGAGUCCAAGGUCGCAAGGUCAUUGCCUUGGAGGCCCCCAACAAAUGUUUUCCGUGUCAAGGAGGAUGUUCGCCCUAUAUUCUGGGCUAACAGACCAAAGAGCUAUAUUUCAAGGACCCUUGGUUGGGAUCAAUACCCGCAUGGGCGCUGGGGUGAUUCCCGAAACCCAUCAUAUGGAGCACUUACUGACUACCAGUUCACUCGCCCACGUGGGCGUGGUAAGAAGCUCCAGGAGGAAUGGGCUGUUCCACUGAAAUCUGUUGAAGACAUUAACGAGCGAUUCAUGAACUUCUGCCAAGGAAAACUUACAAGCAGCCCCUGGUCUGAGCUUGAUGGUCUUCAACCUGAGACAAAGAUAAUAGAUGACCAGUUGGUGAAGAUUAACCUGAAGGGCUUCCUUACCAUCAACAGCCAACCUUCUGUCAAUGGAGAGAGAUCUGAUUCACCCAGUGUUGGAUGGGGCGGCCCAGGAGGUUAUGUUUACCAGAAGGCCUAUGUUGAGUUCUUCUGUUCAAAAGACAAGCUGGAUCAACUAAUUGAGAAGAGCAAAGCAUUCCCUUCCCUUACAUACAUUGCCGUGGACAAGAAUGGAGAAUCAUUCUCAAACAUUCCUACAAACGCUGUGAAUGCUGUCACAUGGGGUGUUUUCCCUGGCAAGGAGAUAAUCCAACCUACAGUUGUUGACUCAGCGAGCUUUAUGGUUUGGAAAGACGAAGCUUUCGAAAUUUGGUCAAAGGGAUGGGCUUGCCUGUUCCCUGAGGGUGACUCAUCUAGGGAGAUACUAGAUAAGGUCCAGAAGAGCUACUUCUUGGUUAGCCUCGUGGACAACGACUACAUCAACGGUGACCUAUUCGCUGCGUUCAAGGAGAUCUGAUGACACCUCAUAGUCUGCAACCUCUCGUGUCUAAAUUCCUAUCUUUACCAAGUGUUAUUGCUUCCACGACUAUAGGGGCAGCUUCAUCCGAAAGCUUUUGCUCAUUUGAUCUCGAAGGAGUCAUCUAGUCUUAUUCUCCUGAUUUGUAUCUCCAUCCAAUAUCAAUAAAAAUUGAGUUGUGUUUUCCUCCUUU